AUGUUGGUGAGGCUGGUGAUGUCGGUGAGGCUGGUGAGGCUGUUGAGGCUGGUGAGGUUGGUGAGGCUGGAGGUCGGUGAGGUUGGUGAGAUUGGUGAGAUCGGUGAGGUUGGUGGGCUAGUGAUGUCGGUGUGGUUGGUGAGGUUGGUGAAGUCGGUCAGUGACGUUGGUGAGGCUGGUGAGGUUGGUGAGGUCAGUGAGGUUGGUGAGGCUGGUGAGGUCGGUGACGUUCGUGAGGCUGGUGAGGUCGGUGAGGUUGGUGAGGUUCGUGAGGUUGUUGAGGUCGGUGAGUUUGUUGAGGCUGGUGAGGUCAAUGAGGUUGGUGAGGCUGGUGAGUUCGGUGAGGCUGGUGCGGUCGGUGAGGUUGGUGAGGUAGGUGAGGCUAGUGAUGUUGGUGUGGUUGGUGAGGUUGGUGAGGUCGGUGAGGCUGGUGAGGUCGGUGUCAUUGGUGAGGUUGGUGAGGCUGGUGAGGUUGAUGAAGCUGGUGAGGUCGGUGAAGUCAGUGAGGUUGGUGAGGUCGGUGAGGUCAGUGAGGUUGGUGAGGCUGGUGAGGUCGGUGAAGUUUGUGAGGCUGGUGAGGUCGGUAUCGUUGGUGAGGUUGGUGAGGCUGGUGAGGUUGGUGAAGCUGGUGAGGUCGGUGAAGUCGGUGAGGUUGGUGAGGCUGGUGAGGUCGGUGAAGUCGGUGAGGUUGGUGAGGCUGGUGAGGUCGGUGAGGUUGGUGAGGCUGGUGAGGUC